AUGGUCGAAGAUGGGGACGAAAUUGCGGAGGACAAUGUGUCCAUCCGCUGGGUGCAUGGCGUUCGACGCCUCAGUAACAUGCACGCGCUACACGAAAGUGCCAGUGUGGCAGACAUUCGUCUAGAGCGAAAGUUUUGCUAUGACUUCGCGAGGUUAAAGGCCAUAGGCCGUAUGCGGGGAGUAUCACGCUCCCGCUAUGCUUCAGCUGCCUCUCCAGUCGCGAGUUUACGUCAAUCUUUUGACGCGAACUCGCCCGCUCUCACUACGAAGAGUGAGAAGCAUGACGCUCAUCAAGACGAGCUUGGCAGUCUUGCCGAAGGGGAAUCUCAUACUCCCAUGAGUUUUCAGACUCAGGGUACCCACGCCACUUCACCAGAUAUUGAUAGGGACCAUGACGACGGCGUCGUUGAAGUACCCGCUCCACAUGGAACUAUAAGUUCCCUUGCUUAUCAAGCAACGCCGGUGGCGGUCGGAGUAUCGUCUGAAAUCCAUGCUGAGUUGGUAAAGAAAGUAGAGGAUCUCGGUGAGACUUUGGGUCAGACUCAGAACGCCCUAUGCGAAGUCCAAUCUCGUCUGGAGACGUUGGAAGGCGAUUGCGCCCGUCUUCAAAUGAUGGAGUCACGUCAGACUCGUGUCGAGGCUCAACUUGACCUCUUAAUUCGGAUGCAACAUCCUGUGGCAACGACAAUGUAA